AGUUACCCAACAUAAUUUAUCACGGUUCUCCAUUUCACCGACGUAAGUUUACCUUCCCAUUGAUUAAAAUUCGCAUUCUGAUUUCUUGUAUGUGCAACCACGCAGUGAAAACCACUGUGCAAAAAGAAGAAUGAACGUGUCGCAUCCGUUGGUGGGCUCCUUUCUACACCCCCGGGUCUUCCGAUAAUUUCACGGAGAAGGCCAUUAUCCUGGCGUGGAAAGCAGCAUCCACCAUAUUUCGACCAGAUGCUGUUGCAGCUGCUUUCGGAUGUGAGCGGCAUUCGAGUAGUAGCCCGAAAGGACAGCCGCAUUCCCCGGGUAGAACUUGAUUGGAUCCGGUUCUGUACCUUCAGCGUCUCCGUUGCCGGUACCUGCUGGCUCGUCACGAAGCUGUACGAGCUGCAGAUCAAGCACCACCACGACAGAAAUGCAAAGGUUCCUCGCGCCGUGGCGGAUGCACCGACAGCUGUCGUCACACGACAGGGAGGUGCAGUUGCACCCACCGCGACACCCCCGGCGCUUCCAAUAGGCCAAGAACAAUCUCUUGCAACACCAGGUACUUUCGACAGCAGGAGCAACGGCGACAGCGUCGAAACGACACCCCAGCCGCUGGUGCGCACGUAUUCCGUGGGCGUCGAUCACUUGAUGGUACCGUUGUCGCAGUUUUUGGAUCUAGUCAAAAACCGCGCCGUGACCGCGGUGGCGUACCAAACGGGUUUUGAUGCAGCCGGAGCACCGGGCGGGCAACCGCGACAACAGCAGCUCACGUUCGAGGUCAGCAGCGACGCCAGUAGGGCAGUGCUGUCAGACUUUUCACGCUGCCCGCCCGUGACGACAAACGAAAUGGGUGCUACUAAAACCGCCACUUCCGCGACCUUCUCGACAACCUUGGUCCCUGGCAGCGAAACGGCGGUAUUUACCGCCAUCCAGCAGGCCGGAAUACCGCACGCGGUGGUGCCGGCCGGGAUAGCUGCGCAGUCGAGAAUGUUGGGCUCCUACAAAAACGACCACAUGGGCACUGGUACAUCCGCCGAUAGCGCAGCUGCAACGCUUGCUCCUCAGCAUCAUGCCGGCGGAAGCUACAGCUCGUCGCACGGAGGUGGUAUGGCCGCCGCGACACGGCACGGCAAGAACCGGGACAUCGUGGCCGCCCUGACUGUGGACUUGAUCACGCUAGCGGUGACGCUGGCCUUCUGCUACUGGUACUACGACUACAACCCUUUCAACAGCUCUGGCUCCUCCUCCGACAAUGUGUGGAACAAGGUUAUGUCUGCAGACGCGAAGGACGGCGGUGCAUCCACCAUGGUGCGGUUCCAGGACGUCGCGGGGUUCCGCAAGCAGAAGCAAGAGCUGCAGGAGGUGAUCGCCUACAUUAAGAACCCUGCUUCUUUCCACAUGCUCGGCGCCGUGCCGCCGCUCGGGACGCUGCUCGUGGGCCCGCCGGGGUGCGGCAAGACGCUGCUGGCGCGGGCGGUCGCGACGGAGGCCGGUGUACCCUUUUUCCACGCCAGCGCGAGCAGCUUCGUGGAGAAAUACGUGGGCAUCGGGGCGGCGCGGGUGCGGAAAUUCUUCCAGAACGCGCAGAACUACCCGGCCAGCAUCCUCUUCCUCGACGAGCUAGAGGCGGUUGGGAGUCGGGACGACCAGCUGGGCAGCGGCGAAUACUGCCAGACCAUUUCCCAGUUGCUCGUCGAGCUCGACGGGAUGCACCUGAAGCGCACUUCUUCUACCAACAAGAAUGGGACAGAACAACAACUUCCAGCGCAAAAUCCAAACGCUGACGGCCAGAUGAUCGGCGACGCGACCAAAGACAGCUCAGGUUCUUCUGAGACCACGACCACUUCUGUAGCCGUUGAUAAGAACGCUCAUUUCUUCGUGUUUCUCGCGGCCACGAAUCGGUACCACACCCUGGAUCCCGCGCUGCUGCGGCCCGGGAGGCUCGACCGCGUGGUGCGCAUCAAGUACCCGUCGCAGACCACACGCGCCGAGUGCGUCCGCAUCCACGCGCAGGGGAAGCUGAUGGACCCGAAAUUGCCCGCUAAUUACACGGACGUGUUCGCGCGCCAGUGUCGGGGGCGGUCCUGCGCCGAGAUCGCGCACGUGCUCAACGAGGCGGCGUUGCUCGCGGCCCGGCGCCGCAGCAGUUGUGUCGCCUGGACGGACUUGCUUGCCGCGCUUCAGCAGUGUGUGCGGCGAAAUCGGGACUUCGAGCAGGUGGGCGUCAGCAGCGACGAAGAGGACGACGUCCCGUUCGAGGAUACCGCCGAGGAGGUGCCAGAUUCCCGGUCUGGGCAACGCGCGACGCCGCUAUCAACCUUCCUUAGCACGCCGCCGGUGGAGGGGGACGGCGGGCUCAACGGCGGCCCGGCAGAGGGUCCUCCGAGCGGACGCGGUGCGGGGCCCAGGAGAGGUGGAAGUCUAGGGGGAAGCGGCAAUCGUGGCGGGAACAAUCCCGACGCCAUGCGCCUCCUCGGCCAACUCCUCAUCGAUUCCGCGAACGCAGGGGAGCGCGUGAUAAAUCCGACGAUCUUAAACAGCAAACAGUGA